CCUUUUCUUCCUCCCAAAUGCCCAGAAGAUCCAUUGCACACCUUGACUUGCAUGGAACCUCCUCUCUCUUAUUUGCUCAGGGAACCAGACCGGGAGAAGGAGGAAUGAAGGAAAACAGAAAUCCGGCCUGAGAACGGAGGUCCCUGUCAAGAGAAUGGCCAAGAUCUCCUCAGGUGAGGAUGAAAGGGGAGGCAGGGAAAAGCAAAGAGCCCCUGAAAACAUCCCCCCACUCGGGAAGAACUUGUCGGCCAAACCCCUGCACGGAAGUGUAUCUGCAGGAAGACGGAUGUCUGCCAAUGUCUCCCCUGGUCCCCUCCUCUCCAAACCCCCCCUGAAGGUGAAAGAAGGCUCCCUGGUCGUCCAAUGGCUGAGCUUAGUUUCCAGCCUCCAGAUAUCUGCAUUCCUGGUGGAUAUUUUGGCCUUGCUGAUGUGCAUUGUGUCAGCACUCAGUGUCAACUGGAGAGUGUGGCGUGUGGAAAACGUCAAGGGGAUUGGCUCUGGAAACAUCUGGAUCGGAAUCUGGGAUGUCUGCUUUUGGAAAGACCCUUCUAACGACGGCAACUCUUUUUGGCAUUGCGAAGAUCUCAAUGAGCAACAUCCAACCCUCCCGAAGGAAAUUUUGAUUGCACAGGAUUUAAUGGCAUUAGCCUCCAUUAUGAAUUCAGUGGCCCUAGGAUUAAUUUCAUUUGCCUUGUACAAUGUGUUCAAGCCCAGAAAACAUAAGGAUUUUCUCUUUCGCUUUUUUAGGCUUGGAGCUCUGCUGAACUUAGUUGCAGGGAUACUCGUCCUGAUUUCCGUGAUAUGGAACAUGUCUGCCGUCUUACAAAAUGGGGAAAUUGACUUCCCUGAAACUUUUGAAUUGCCUCAAAUUCCCAGCGAGCAGCAUAUUGGACCUUCUCUUUAUCUAGGCUAUAUCGCUGCAGGUUUCCAGCUGCUGAGUGCAGCAUUGGUUGGGAUUGAGAGAUGUUGCAUCAGGACCACCGCAACAGAUACAUCUCUAAUAGAAACUGUAGUGGUGAUUUCCCCAGGAAGUGGGGUGAAAAGCCAGAGUCUAACUACUUGUUCGAAGUGUGGUUCUUUGCUAGAUCUGGUAAUUCAAGAGAAAUCCUCCACAGUUGAGAUGGAGGAAAGCUGUGCAAAAGAUCUUGUCAUUCCCGAGGAAUCCUGCGCAGUAGAGAUGGAGGAAAGCCGUACGCCCCAAAGCUCACCUGAAGCACAUCAAAGUCCACCUGAAGUCCCAAAACAUACUAUUAUACAUGUUAUACCCUACAACAGGGAGUCGUAAACUAUCAGAUCCAGAUCAACGCAGAUCGCUCCAUACACGGAUGGAUCUGCGUGGAUCAGGAUAUGAUAGUUUUGUUUUGGGACUUCAGGUGGGCUUUGAUGUCCUUCAGGUGAGGAGGCCCUUUUUUAUGUCUAGUAGUCAUUUAUUUAUUUAUUAAAGAUUUUAUUGAUUUACAAAAGUGUGCAAUGUCUCUCUCUCAUGUAUUUUUCUCCAUGUAACAUUUUUACAAAUCAUUUUCAUUUGUUGAGACAUUAGGAAGAAAAGGGGAAA